CAGAGUGAUGUUUGGAGAAUAGAAACCGAAAGUAAACAAUGAAUGGAAAACGAAUCUUAAAGGCGACUGUGUCGAUCAGCUGAGGCAGCCUAUAAAACCCACAGUGAGCUGAAACCUGCGGCACUGCUGCAGCUGAGCAUCUGUUUAUCUGUCACUCCACGUUUUUCACUGACUCAACAAGUCAUCACAGGGCCACUUAUCAUGGAUAUAAACAUCACUAUGCUGGAUGGGACUUCCCUGAACCUGCGUGUGCGUCCAACGGACACGGUGGGCUAUCUGAAAACACUCAUCCAGCAGAAACUGGGAUUUGCACCUGAGAUCCAGAAGCUGACCUUUGUUAACGGCAAGACAGUAAUUCUCAACGACGACUUCAGGUCUAUCAACUUCUACGGCUUGGACUCUAGCUGCCAGGUGUCUCUGCUUUUGACCCAGCCACCCCAGCCCGCUACCAUCCAGGUGUUCCUGAGAAAAGACAGCAGGUCAAAUACCUACGAUAUUAAACCCGACGAGACUGUCAGCAACUUCAGGCGCAGGGUCCAGACCAGAGAGAGGGUCCCGAAUGACCAGUUCAGACUGGUGCAUGAGAGCCAAGAUAUGAGAGAGGGCAAACUGUCGGACUACAACGUCAGAGCAAAUAGCACCAUCGACCUGACUCUGCGUCUGAGAGGAGGCUGGGGACACUUUGACUUGGCUGAUAUAUCAGAUGGUUAAUAUAUUAAUUUAUUCCAAAUGAAUGAAGACCAAAUAACUUGUUUAUUUAUUGUUAUUAAAAGAAAAAAAGCGUAUCUAAUGAAGCAGGUAUAUGCAUUGAUAUGUUUUUUUCUGUUUGUAAUUUAGUUUUGGCAAUACAAGAAAAAUGUUGUAGUUAAAAAUGGACAAAAACAACAUGGUUUGAUUAUGUUAACUGGGAACAAAAAUAACAAUAAAGUUCCAAAUGUGAACCCA